CAAGACCGACCUUGCCUCCUCCUGCAGCAGCAGCAUAACCAGAGGGGAGUGCAGCAAGCCGUUUCGAGAGACAGCUUUAGGCUACUGCUAGCAGUAUGGCUUCCGCUGCGCGCUUCCUGGUGGCCGUGGCCGUGGCGUGCGCACUCCUGGCAAGCAACAACUGCCACGCCCACGCGGCGCGCCACUUGGCCGACACGGCCGCGGCUCCCGCUGCUGCUGGUGCCGUCCCUGGCCUCCCCGCCGUGCCGACCUUGCCAACAGUACAGCCAGUGCCCAGGGGCGGAGGGCCCGUGGCGCUGCCACCCAUGCCGGCCGUGCCCGCGGUCACCGUGCCGCAGAUGACGCUGCCGCCCAUGCCAGCGGCUCCCAAGGUGGCUGUGCCGCUGCCGCCAAUGCCCGCCAUCCCGUCCGUGCUGCCCAAGCUGACCCUGCCACCGAUGCCCGCUGUCGUUCCAUCCGUCGUCCCUAAGGUGGCCUUGCCGCCGAUGCCGUCGGUCCCCACCGUCAACGUGCCCAUGCCGUUUGCGGCACCGCCUCCGUCGGCGUAGACGCUCGCGGCGCGCUCUUGCAGGUUUGCGUUCGCCGUGCCCACCAUGCACAGCAGGUGGUGGUGACCGGUGUACGCGAGAGUGAUGCCAUUGUUUGUCAAUACUGUUGCACGUGUGUUUCGUGCUUUCUUGUUGUGCGUGUAGCGUUGUACCGUUGUACGUACGUAUAUCCUUUGUAUUUCUACCACAUUCAUUUACGCCGUAUAUGUAUGGUCAACACUCUUCAGCUUUUUUUCUUC